ACGCAACGCGACGACGAAAUACGGUACUCCGGAACCCUUUUCACCAAAGACCGAGCGGAGCCGAACCGCAACACUGCACAUCCACAAGCAACCAUGAUGAAAAUGAUGGGCGGAGGGGGCGGCGCCGCCCCCGCCCCACCCUCCGCAAACGCGGCGCUGGUCCUCUCCCUGCAAAAGGCCUCGAGGCCCUGGAAGUCCUUCGACUGGGCCACCCGGUCCUCCCAGUGGGGCUCGGUGGCCUCCGAGAACAGGGAGUCCCGGGAAUCGAGCCAGGCGGCCCGCAAGCAGCUGGCGGAGACGACCAAGUCCUUCAAGAAGGCGGUCAAGACCGUGGAGACCUCGGGAAAGACCCUGGCCUCCGGGCAGGGGACUGAGGAGAGCCUUGCUGCGGCGGCAAAGGCCAUCGAGGCGGUCUCGAAGCAGGCCCGGAUCACGGUCAAGUCGUACCAAGGUGAGACCAGACCAGACCAGACCAGACCAGACCAGACCAGACCAGACCAGACCAGACCAGACCAGACCAGACCAGACCAGACCAGACCAGACUAGACUAGACUAGACUAGACACGAGACUUUGGCACCCGCAGUGCCGGUCUGAUUCGAAACACCUGUUUGUUGCACAACUCGGAAUUUCGAACGCACCACACACCCCCUUGCUCACCACCCGGAUUCGCUUUUGUUGCUUUCUGCAGAGGAAAUCGACAACCUCACGCGCCGAAGCAAGGGCAUCGAGAGCGCCUUUGACAAGCUGACGAAUGCGCUGCAGGACCUGCAGGAUCCCUCCGGGCUCCUGGCCGCUGCCAUGGAGCAACUGAACGCCCAGCAGCAGCAGGUCCAGCGGCUGACGCAGAAGGCCGACGAGGCUUCCACCGAAAACGCCUCCCUGGACGCAAAGCUCCAGAAGGCCAUCGAGGCGGAGCGGGCCGCCAGGUCUUCGGCCGCGGCGAACAGCAGCAGCAAGGAGGAGAAGGAAGAAAUCAUUCAGCUGCGCCGGGAGGUGGCCGAGUACGAGGUGGAGUUCCGGUCCCUCAAGAACCAGGACAUUACCAUCCGCAAGCUCGAAAACCGCAUCGAGGAGCUCCAGCAGGGGGGAGAAGAAGAAUUCCGGGCCAAGCUGGAGGCCGCCAAGCAGGAGCUCGAGGAGACGGAGGGCCGGAGGACCACCGAGGCCCUCGAGCGGGAGGCCGCCAUGGAGCGCAAGGUGGAGACCCUCCAGCUGCAGCUCAAGGCGGAAGCGGCGGGCCGGGCGGCCACCAACAAGCACAUGCUGGAGGCCAGCGAGGGCCUGGGGGAGCGGGAGGCCGCCUGGGACGCCCAGCGCCGGAUCCUGGUGGACGACGCGGAGCGGGUCCGGGUGAUGCUCCACGAGGCCACCCGGGAGCGGGACGAGCUCCGCCUCAAGGUAGCGGCCCUGGAUGGCGCCGCCCCGGCCGCCCCCCCGAGCGGGGGCAUCCCGAUGGCGGAUUUGCUGAACGAGCGCAAGGCCUACGAAGCGGAGGUGGCGGAGCUGUCCCACACCGUGAACGCCCUGCGGGAAGAGAUCGGGGUCAAGGACCACACCAUUCUGGACGGAAACAGGACGCUGCAGUCCAGGAUCGACGUUCUGGAGGAAGAAAACGCGGCCCUGUCCUCGGAGUUGGAGCACACCACGGAGCAGCUCGAAUCGGCACCGUCCCAGUCCCUGGUGGACAGCAUGAAGCGGGAGCUGCGGAUCCUGAAGCGACUGGAGUACAACGCCGAGGACCCCGACAUGCCGGAGAGCGAUCCGGAAAUCGCCGGGAGAAACGAGGACGAGGGAAAAGACCUCGAAUCCGUGCUGGUGGCGAAGCUCCGGCGGGUCGAGGCGGACCUGGUGAAGGAGAGGAACAAGAACACAGACCUGCAAAAGGCGCAGGAGGCCCUGAACGAGGAGGUCAAGACGCUGGAGCAGGCCAGGGUGGACGCCGAAACGGUGGUGGCCACGCUGGAACAGGACCUGGACCGUGCCAUUAAAUCCUCUACGGCCACCAAGGCACAAGGAUCCGAUGCCGAAACAACCACGGCGGCGGCAAUGCCCAUGGCCCCCAGCGAUCCCAGCGCCCUGCAGAGCGUUCUGGAUCCCAACGCACCCCCGCCUCCCCCGCAACCGGUGCCCCCGACCCCCACCAGCGCACAGGAAAAGGCCUCCGACGACCGCUCGGUGGCCAACAUCAUCAUGUCCCAGCGGGACCGCCUGCGGACCCGGUGCGACGCCCUCGAGGCGGAGCGGGACUCCUUCAAGAGGGAGCUGCAGAUCCAGGUGGAGGCCUCGGAGUCGCUGAGGUCGGACAACACGAAGCUCUUCGAAAAGAUGCGGUACCUGCAGAGCUACAACAAGUCCGGCGGGGGCCGCCAGGGCGGCAGCAACGCCUACGCGAGGCAGAAUUCCCGCGACCUCGACCUGGAGGCCCUGGAGCAGCGGUACGAGGCCUCGGUCGAUCCCUUUCGCCAGUUUGGCAAGUCGGAGCGCCAGCGCAAGCUCCAGGAGAUGUCCCCGAUGGAGCGGACCGUCUUUGUGGUCGCCAAGACGAUGCUCGGGACGAAGGAGAUGCGGACCUUUUUGUUCUUUUACGUGUCGGCCCUCCACCUGCUCGUCUUCUCGACCACGAUGCACUGGUCGCACAGCGAUUCCGGCCACGACUGUCUCUUGCUGCAGGAGCAGCACUCGCACCUGCCCCCCCUGCACGACCACAGCGGCGAGACGGCGGGGUCGUAGCGGCCUGGCUCCCCUUGCGUUUCGGUGUGGUGCCGUGCGCCUCGGCGGUCUUCGGAACGAGUCGAUCGUGUUCAUUUUAUAGAACGGUAGUGAACGAAUCAGUCAGAGGGCUAACUGCCAAACAUAACUAAACUCGAAUAUUGUCUUUCUAAUAAUUAAUUUUUGGUUUG